AUGUCAAAAGGACGAACCGAAAUUGCCGAAGUUCUCAUUUCACAUGGUGCAAAUAUUCAUGCAAAAAAUUAUGAAGGAAAUACUCCACUUAGUGUUGCAGCAACUUAUGAUACGCCAGAAAUUGCUGAACUUCUUAUUUCACAUGGUGCAAAUAUCAAUGAAAAAAAUAAAUAUGAAUUUACCCCUCUUGAUUUAGCAACAUCACGUUUUAGUAAAGAAACUACCAAAGUUCUCAAAUCACAUGGCGCGCGUAAUUAG